ACCGAUCCCUAAAUAUUAUGAGUCGUUCGAGUCGAGUUUAGAAGAAAGAAACGAGAUUCGAAGGAUCGAAUCAAGAUCGAAGCAAGAUACGUUCGGCAUUCGUUAACAUGCUUCGUUCGUCGUUACUAGUUCUCGUCUUUCUUUUUCUCCGAUUAGAAACGACAAAAUGUCAAAGCGUCGAAGGGAUGUUAGAAAAAGUAAACAAAGCGUUAAAUAUUACCGCGAAAUCUUUGCAACGUCGUUCGCCAGAUUCCAUGGAAAGCGCUUCGAUUUGGCAGGAAUAUGAAUUUGGAACGAACGCUGGAAAUCGAGAAGAAGUCGUAGUAACGGACAUCUCGAUCGAAGAGGACUCAAGAUUAGCAAGGAAUGAAUUUAAUUGGAUAGUACUUGAAAACAAUGGAAUUAAUUAUUUAGCUUGUUCGAAGGAAACGACCUUUCUGUUGUAUACCCUCGAUAUCAAGGAGAACGCAACGACGAGACGUUUCAACGAAUUCGAUAUAGAGGGUCGUGUGUCGACGUUUACGUUGGUCAAUGUAGAAGCUACGAGAUCGCACGGUGCAGAGAACGACAUCGUCGCCGUUUUAUGCGUUGAAAUUAAAGGGGUCACGAGUUUGCGAUGGUACCGAGUUUCGAAGCAACGUUUGAUAUUGUUCUGGGUCUGGGAUAUACAACAACCAGCGAAAGAUAUACGGUUCGUCAGACACGAGGGUCAAAAUAAAUUACUACUGCUAUUCAACAGAGACCAUUACGGGACAUCCGUCUCGUUGAUCAACGUAUACGGUUUCGGCCUUGAUUUUGUCGAAAAGGACUACGACGUAUGGUUGAUCCAAAGGAUACAGGCCUCCUCGACGCUCGACAUGCAGAUAUGUAAGGUAUACGAGCGCACUGUACUCGUUCUCGGUGGCAUAAACGAAGUUUCACUUUACGAGCACAAAGGGAACGAUUACGUUCAUGGAAUGUUCGAAUAUUGGCAAACGAUUAAAUCGAACGAUUUAAAUAAUUUCGUUUGCUUCGAGAGCGGUCACAUGCAAUAUUUGGCUACGUCCGGACGAGAAUCUGCGUUAUUUCAUUUUUCGGACAACGAAUUUCAAUAUAAUUCGGAGACCGAGGACUUUUUCAACGCUUUUUCAGAGAUUGCCUGGAUCGAGGACGUUCGCAUCGAAACUUACAGGGACGAGUCGUUGCUGUUGGUACAAUUGAAAAAUUCCACGGUCCGUGCUUUGGCUUGGCAGGGUGAUCGAUUUCAAGAAAUAUCCUUACCCAAUUUUCUCCUCGAUAAGUUCGAUCUUUCGACGGUGACGAGUAUUCCCGGAUAUGGAUUCGUAUCCGGAAAUCGUUUUGUCAAGAUCGAUACGAAGUUGAACGAACUUCCCAGUCCUGUCGAAGAUAAAAUUGCAGGAAUGAUAAAGGCAAAGACGUUGCUAGAAGAACUAUUGAACAAACAGGAAAAGAUCAUCGACGAGAUCGACGAAAAAUUCGAUCUACUCGAUCGCAUAGACUACACGGGAAUCGAGUUGUUCAACGCGUCCAAGAUAAUAACAACGAAUUUAACCAUAGAAAAGGACGUAUUUUAUACGAUCGGUUUGGACUCGAAAAAUUUGACGUCCGAGGACAUAUUAACGAACGUGACUCGGAUAAAGAUAUCCUUAAACGAUCUAACGGAAAAAUGUCAAACCUUGGAGUCGGAUCUGGAAGGUGCGCUCGAUCUAAACUCAACCGAUAUCGAUCUAGCCGGUGAUCUAGAUAUCUCCGGUGAUCUACGAAUCGACGGGAACCUCUACGUCGAACAAUUUUCAACGAGUUCGAUCGACGAUCUGCCGAUAUCCGAAAUAUUACAAAAUUACCUGAGCGAUCGAUCCGAUGACGUCGUCGACGGAGAAAAAUCUUUUUCUAAUAUCGAAGCAAGAAAUUUGAUCGUUCGACGGAUCAAUGAUAUACCGAUAGAGCGAAUCAUGUUCGAAGGAUCCAUAGUCGAUCGUUCGAACAUCGAUUUUUCCAAGAUCAACGACGCAACGAUCGAUGGACACUUGACUUUCUCCAAGAUAAAUAAUAUCGACUGGGAACGUAUUGUCUGGAAAAAUAAAUUGGCUUUUAUACCGGAAAGAACUGUAAUCAACGGGAAAAUCGAAGCUGCCGACUUCAACGUGAGGACGUUGAACGAUCUAAGUUAUCCUUACGAUUACGUGCUAGAGGAAGGCCCCGUCCCUGUCGACGUUACCGGAACAAAGAACUUUGAUCGACUGACCGUCGACAGGUUAACCCAUGUUUUCAGUAUAAACAACGUUGGUAUAAACGAGUUCGUUACGCUCGAGGACGAUCAUGUUUUCCAGGAGGAAAUCACUUUUCACAACAUCACCGUUCUCGGACCUUUCACGAUCAACGGUAAAAUAAGUGGAUUUAACGCGUCUCGACUCGAACAAGAACCAUUGAUCAACGAGACUCGAAGCGUAUCUUCGAACAUUAUUUUUUACGAUUUAAUCGUCUUGGGAGAUGUUCGUUUGGAGGAUUCGAUAAACGGCAAAUAUUGGUCAGACUUUGACGACCUUUUAUCGAAGAACGAUUCCAAGGUCGAGAUCGUUGGAACGAAGACGUUCACGGGCAACGUUGCGAUCGAUGGAUCGAUCUAUAUCGCGUCUGACGCGAUCAAUGGACAUUCCGUCGAAGAAUUCGUAACUUUGGAUACCGAUCAAGUCUUUUCAAAUUUGAAGGAAAUUUCGGAGAACGCAACCUUCGAUAACGUCACUUACGAAUACACAAAAAAAGUAAGAAGAAUCCUUGAGGAAAAUACGUGGGAAAACUCAAAUUGUCUGAACAAAACUAUAGUUUUCGAGAACACUUUGAUCGUCGACGAUCUAUCGUUCGAUAUUUUAAACAACGAUAUCGCCAGAGAUAUGUUCGAACAAAAAUUGAAUCAAACUUUUCGAAAUAUCUCCUUUAAUAAUUUAAGAGCAAACGAGUUAAAUAUUCGAGAGAUCAGUCCAAAAUUGAUGAACGAUGUUAAUUUGAGUGACUUUAUGAAAUUUGCCGUAACUAGAUCGACGACGCAAAAUUUGACUGGAAAUUAUACGUUCGAUCGAUUGGAAGUCGAGGAACUCGAGAUCGACCGUCUAAAUGGAAUAUCGAUGAAAGGGUGGAACGAUCUGAUAGAUCGGUUACAUAGAUCCUAUCGUCAAAUUUUCGAUGGUAACGCGACGCUAGAAUCUCUCGCUGUAAAAGGAAUGAUUCACGCACCGUCGGUAAAUGGAAUAUCAUUGGAUAAAAUGUACGAUCCGGAAACUAUGGGUACGGUGAUCUUCGAAAAUGAUCUGUACGUGGAAAACCUGACCGUUCAUGGUUUAAUAAACGAUUUCAAUUUCACUGAACUCGUUAAGAAUGCCGCGUUGAAAACGGACGAAGAAAUUAUAGUAAAUGGUUUGAAAGAAUUUGAAAAUGUUAGUUGCACGUAUCUUGAAAUUAAAUCGUUCAAUGGACGCAGCGUUGAAAAUCUUCUCGAUCCAUACAAGGAUCAAGAUCUGGCCGGUCCUGUCGUCGUAAACGGCACCGUUAGUGUCGCGGGGAAUUUCGAUGCAACGGGAAAGAUGAAUGAAGUACAUUUCCGUGACUUGAUAAACAGAGUACGAAAAUUAGACGAUGAAACGUUCGAGCUAAAGUCAAACGUCCGAUUUGACAAUUCGAUCGAAAUGAUCGAUCUUACGAUCGACGGAACGAUCGAUGGAACGAAUUUCAACGAGUUUAACAAAUCCGUGGUAUUUAAGAAGGAAGACAACGUUACUUUGUCAGGAGCUAAACGUUUUAAAGGGUCGUUGACGUUCAACGAAUCGUUUCUAAUCGUCGAGGAAGCUCUAAACGAUAUCGAUUUAAAAGAAUUUUAUGAAAAGGCAAUUUUCAUCGACGAACCUUUCACGAUUAAUUCCAGCGUUCUUUUUCAAGAGGAUAUUGUCGUUGAGAAGAAUCUGGAGGUUCUCGAGACUUUGGACGUUAAAACGAUCGGUGGGAUCGACGUCGAGGGCUUGAAGGAUAUCGUUGCUCAUCUGGAUCGGCCUUUCUUCUUUCCUGCCGCGAUGACGUUCGAGAACGUUAACUUCAAUUGCGAUAUAAACGUCAAACUUUGGAACGACGUAGACAUGGACUCGAUAAUUCCAUUAGCCACAGAUCAGACGAUGUCGAGCGGAUUUGUCAGAGCUUUCGACGUCGCCGUCGAAAGGAUCGAUGUUCGAAGAAAGAUAAACGGAUAUAGCUUGAAUGAAAUUUACACGGAUACCUUUAUGAAAAUUGGUGAUCAAAAUAUUACUGGAAAUCUGACGUUUCUUGGCAAAGUUCUUAUGCGCCACGAUUUUAAUCCUCGUCUUAUGAAUCAUGCGAAUCCAAAACAGAUUCUACUUUUAAAUACCAACGAUACUGUGAUUGGAAAUUUCGAGUUUGAAAAACCAGUGGUUCUAAACGGAUCUCUAAGAGUCUUGGGACGUUUCAAUGAAAUAGAUCUAAUUGGUUGGCACGCAACCGCAGUUACUACGGAUUAUCUGACGGAGCAAUUGGUCUCUGGAAAAUGGAAGGUACGCGGGGAUGUUUAUUUGAGAGAAAGCGUUAAGAACGGAGGACGCUUGAACGGAUUCGAUUCGUCCGAAUUAGCCGACACGUUGAUACGAAAUUGUUUGGCGAUGGAAGCGUCUCUGACGGAAUCGACGACAAAGUUGCCCAAUUUAUGCAAAAGCGCGCUGAGCAUGCAGCAUUACGCGGAAACUCAAAUCUACAAAUUCGACGCUUUCGAGUACCUGCAAGUAAUCGAUGUGGAAGAUCGAAUACUGAGCGUCCAUUACUUCGAGAUAGAGGAUCUCGAUAUACUUCUAAUGAGUUACGAAACUUGUCGCUUGGAUGCUUUUCAAUUUACAGGAAGAAAAUUUAAAUCAAUAGCGAGUAUCCCGGAUUUUGGACACGUCGAUAAUUGGAUAACUUUGAAUCACAACGACUCGUUUUACUUUCUCGUUAUGGGGAAACAAAGCUGUGGAAAAAAUUCGACGAAUUUAUGGAAACUCGAUAACGACAGAUUCGUUCACGUUUGUCAGUUCGACGAUGUCAAAGACGCGAAAAAGUUAAACAACGAUACAUUUUUGCUGUUGUUCGUGGAUCGUUUAGAAAGUCGAACUAUCCAACAAUUAUAUAACAACGAAUCGUUCCGAUCCGAUCCAAAUUAUUAUCUUUCUAUCGAGGAAGAUCAACGAUUGAAAUUUGUUUCCAAUACCGAUAGAAUAUUAUUAAAUAAUCGACAUACGAUCUAUGAACUUGAUAAGGACCUUAAGAAUUAUACGUUUUCGAACAACAGCAUGGCAUCGAAAGAGAUCUUUGCCAUCGAGGUAGGAAUUUUUGAAAAGGGAGCGUUUCUUCACUAUGAUCAAAGUGUUACCAGGGAUCACAUAUUCGUCAGCGAUGAUGAUUUCAAUCGAAUGAAAAUUCUACAAAUAAUACCGACGAACGAUCCAACGUCGUUUUCAAUAAUUAAUUUCGAGGGAUUAGUCGAGACAUUAUUAAUUUUUAUUGAAAACAAUAGAAGCCUUAAAAUCUACGAGUAUAAAGGUAUUCAAGGCUUCGUUUAUCGAGAUAACAUUAAAAUUCAAGCUGAGAAGAUCUCGAAAUUAAAAAUACGAAAGUAUAAUGACAUGGCGAAGAGACAUUGUUUGGCGGUAAUUAAUAAGAAUCGAUUAACGAUAUUAGAAGCUAAAAUGCACGGAGAGAGAUUGGAUAUGCCUAAAACGUCAUGCGUUAUACCUUGA